GCGGGUCUCCGGAUAGGGCUGGUAGGGUCAGUAGGGCCAGUCUAGUGUCAAGAGGAUGAAGGAAGGAAGAGGGUGCGGAAGGGCCAAUCACUUUGCUUUGCUUGUAUCCGGCUCAAGUUGGGUUCUCUUCUCUAUAUAAGACGUCUCUUAUUUCUUCCGGAUGCUCUCAUUUUGCCUAGUUCCCAUGCCUCCGUGUCUAUCUCAUUGCCCCUAAAAUCCACCCGGGAACCAACAACCCAGAUAAUUGUGUCAUUUUACUCAAGCUAUUCCCCAGCCAUGGUCCUCACGAUUCAUCAUCUAGGUGUCAGCCAGAGCGAGCGCCUGCUCUGGCUGUGCGAAGAACUGGGUGUCAAGUACGAACUCAAGACGUACAAGCGGGCACCCUUGCUGGCACCGCCCGAGUAUAAGGCGCUGCACCCGGCGGGGACCUCGCCCGUGAUCCAAGACGACGACGGUAGCGACAAGCUCGUGACGCUAGCCGAGAGCUCGGCGUGCGUCGAGUACGUCUCUCACAAGCAUGGCGGCGGCCAGCUGUUCCUGGGACCGUCGCACCCGCAGUACGCCGACUUUCUGUACUGGUUCCACUUUGCCAACGGUACCUUCAUGCCGGCAUUGAGCCGCGUCAUGGCCUCUAGCCUCCCGGGCGCCGACUCCAGCAGCCCAAUGGCGGGCAUGGCGCGGGAGCGCUUUGCGAAGGGCCUCGCGGCGCUCAACAACCGACUGCGCGACAACGAGUGGCUCGCCGGAGGCGCAGAGUUCACAGCCGCUGACAUCAUGGCCGUGUUCCCCCUCACAACCAUGCGCUACUACUUUCCCUACAGCCUAGCUGAGCACCCCAACAUUACAAAGUACCUUGAGCGCGUCGGUCAGAGGCCCGCAUACCAGAGGGCCAUGAAGAUUGGAGACCCGGACAUGCAGCCGCUGCUGGCGGCGGAAGCCCCGGCAAAAGAUGCCAAGUGAGGAUAGGAGCGUGGUUGUUUUGGUUACAUAGGCCAUGAGAUUAAACGGAGGUUGUUGUCGAAGUGUGCUUGGGGCAUGGAUUUGGCACUUCGGAGAAUGGUAACAAC